AUGGCUGCCAACAACUCCAACGAAGGAUGGUAUGACGAGACGGCGUACUCGACGCCCGAGGAUGCCUUGAAGAAGAUGACAUUUCCUCCCAGCAGACUGCACAGGCCGGAGCUGUAUCCAGAAGAGCAGGAGAUCUUGAACCACAUCUGCGGCUGGUCCCACGUGAUGAACAAGCUCUUUAAUCAGUCCAUCGAGCCUGGGCGGCCUUUCUACGACUUUGACGACGCCAUGACAUACGAUAUCUACGGUUUCACCCCUCGCGGCGGGAUGUUGGAGCACUACAACCAGACGUUCCACUAUUUCUCCAACUCGAGAUUCGAAAUGAAGGAUCUUGAGCCUGUGGCGACGUCCAAGACCUCGGGCUACAUCACCAUGAUGCAGCGCCUAGUGGGUGGCACAUCUGAUGACGGUAACAAGUUCGAGAUGACAUACCGCAUCACGUAUAUUCUUGCAAAGAUUGACGGAGCUUGGAAGUUCGUUCAUGAGCAUGUUUCGUUCCCGGUUGAAAUGUCAUCCAUGAAGGCUGAUCCCACAUGCACCAUCGAUCCCCUCAAGGCUUUCAAAGGUAUCGCAAGCCAGUAG